CUCUUCUCAUCUUAACUCUUCCUCUGAUCUUCUCCCCUUUCUGUUACAAAUCACGAUGAACCCUGAUCCGGGUUUAUCAAUGGUAUCAGAGCACAGUCAUCCUCUUGACAGUGCGUUUCCGGAUUCAACAUCGAACUCCGAAUGGAGGGAUGAGAUGAUGGCUCUAUUGAUCAAAUGGAGAGCUGAAGAUAAAGAGCGAUUCAUGAAAUGGAGAGCUGAAGAUCAGGAGCGCCAGCUUAAAUAUGAUAAUCUGCGCCAGACAUUACCGCAGAUGACGAUGAAGACUGAUCUCGAUCCGGUGGAGAAGACUCACAAACCAUCGGGGAAUUUCGUCGAGCAGAUGGUGUGCGACCCUCCAGACAAAGCACUUGACGGAGAUCGAUUUGGGUUCGCGGAUGGUGAUUCUCAAGUUCAUAACACAUUUAUCCCUAAGAGGUAUGAAGAUCUAAAACGCUAUGGAGGUAUCAGGUUCAGAAGGAUUCCGAUCAAGCUAAUCUACCACAAGGCUAGGUUUAAGAAACGGAAAAGACGGCUAAUAAGGGGGAAACGCGAGCUUUCGGUUUCACAAAAACUGAAGAUAUCAACAAACUCUUUGCGUUUGGUUGUGAAGAGUGUGAGAACGAAGAAACAGUACCACCGGAAGAAGAGAGCCACACAGAUUAAACUCGCAGAAGCUUGUAAGAGUUUAGGAAUGUUCUGUGAAUCUUCAGGUUAUAGGGAUACUAAAAGGCAUUUUCAGAUCCGUCUGGGAACAAGAAAGAUCUGGGAGACAGGAGUCAAGCGAGAGACUCAUCCCUUUGUGUAUGGGUUUACUUCUCAUACUCCUAUGGAUAUUGAUGGUCAUGUUGAUACGUGGAUAGGAGAUCAAAGUAUCUUUGCUGAGGAGCUUAAGGCGCUAGAUCAUGAUGAUAAUGAUGCUGUGAUGGAGUCUUUGCAAUAUGAAACGUCAGUGGUGUCUGAAUUCAAGGAAAUGGCCAAGUGUAAGCGCCAUAAAGUUCAACAAAAGUGGGGAAAACGAGGGUUUCAUAAGGUUCGGUUCAAGGUUAUACUUCACCAAAGAAAUAAAGUUGCAGCUGAGAAAGUUACAAAAGGUGGAGAACCUUUCAAGCUGGGAAAUUCAGAAUCGCUUCACACAAGAAGAUCCAAAUACACAAGAAGGCUCUUUGUCAAAUGGUGCUACUUUAAGGCCAGAGAAACAGGGGAAUCUCACAAAAGUGUCCAGUUCGAGUUGUCUCUUUUCAAUGGUAAAAUAAAAGGUAAACCCCCAGAAGGUGAUUCAGAAAACAGAAGAGAAGCAUUAGAGUAUAAAGUCUCUGUUAGUGAAAAUGGUGGGUCUAACUUGGAGUUGAUUGGUGGAAAUGGGACUGACAAUUUCAGCUUCUCUAUAUAUGUGAAGCAACAGACCGGGAGGCUUGUGAAGACUUUUUGUGGGAGACAACUUUUGGAAUUUUGUUUGGCUGUUCAAGUAUGGGAACCUGGUGGGAAGUCAGAUAAAGAUGUUCAACUUGUCGAUGUUCAUUAUCAGUUCAUCAAUGGAAGAGAAUGGGAUUUUUUGGAGAGUGUUGAGGAAUUGAGUAAGGUGGAACCAAGACCACCAGAAAUGAUUAAGCCCAAAAAUUUGGUUUCUCUCCUUGAUACUGGUGCGUUAGUGACGGAACUGAUCGAGGAUUGCAACACUGAUGCGCUCAUGGUAACGGCUUCUAUCGUUCAUCAACUUGAGGACAAGUUGGUUCUCCACCGGGGGAGUAUUGAUAAGAGGGCAGAGUUAGAAAAGAGCAAGGUUGAGCAACUGAGAGAAGUAGAAGAAUGGCUUGCGCAUGCAUUGCAGGCUGUAGGGCAGGAAAUGCAGAGAAGGGUUUAUAAGAACCGGUUAAGGCUGAGAAGGGUUCUUGCUCAGGUAGGAGAACUUGAAAAUCUGAGUUUGGUAGAAGCAUGUGAAGGGACUUAUGCAGGGAUUUCCUAUACGGGUGCGGCUGUUGGAGAUGUAUGGGAUAUCAUAGCUCAUAUCAAGAAGUUCUUGGAGAUUGAGAAUGGGUUUGGAGUUGAGAUUAAUAUGGGGUCGUGGAACUUUGUUACAAAAGGCGUCUGGUCGUGCUUGUGGAUAUCGGUGAAGUAUAAUAUUCGUCUACGCCACUGUGUUAGAGGCGUUUGCGUUUCACGUCCAUUGCGGGGGUUUCAGGUAUAUAAGAUCAAUAAGGAAGCAACUCUGAGCAUAAUGGAUGUCAAGUUGACGAUGGAGUCCUCGGGAGAGCAUGUAGCUGCAAUCUUCACCCACAAGCUGUUUCACUUACCGAGGCCACCCGAGUGGUAUACAAAAGGAGCAACGUGGUGUUCAGUGACAAGGUUUUGGUUCAAGAUAUCAGGCUGCUACUAUAUAUUCAAAGUUGAGAACCAUUCAAUUUCAGUCUCUACGUAUGAAGCGUUUCAGUCACCAAGACCACCGGAGCUGAUUCUGUUCAUAGUGAGAUUUAGGCAGUGGAAGUCAAAGAAGCUAGAAUCCGGGGUAGUAGAGAACAAAACUCGAGCUAUGUUGAGUUCAAACGACAGGACUUGGUCACAAGUGUAUGGUGCUUUUCCCGGCAUCAUAUUUUGGAGGACUUGGUGCAGGAAGCUUAUUGAAGAUCAGUCAAGGGUGGGCAUUCUCAUAGCUGAAAUGGCAUCACUUACCAAAGUUGCUGGAGCUGUCUUGCAAGGACUGAGUUUAUGGAUUCUAGCCGAAGAGCAGGUGCAAGGUGGAGGAAUUGAGGAGGAGAUAUUGAGGAUACUCAACAGGGUUACUGCUCUCCUUCUAGAGAUUGCUUAUGCCAACUUGAGGACAAGUCGGAUCUCUAACGGGGGAGUAUUGAUAAGCACUAACGGGCCUCGGGAGAUGGUUAUUGGGCUUCUGAAGUUAUCAAGUCAAUAAACCUUUUAUUAGUCUAUUUAAGUCUUCUGUAUUGUACCAAAAACACUUAUCGAAUUACGAUCACAAAUUAUCAAGAGGAUUCCUCCUCAAGCUUUCUUUCUCC